AUGAACAAAGUUUUGAAAUCUCAUAAACACAAUAUCUCCGAUAUAAAUGAACUUCAAGCUACAUUAAAUAGUAAAGCUGACAAAGAACAUACACAUAAAUCCUUCACUACUGUUAGAGCAGACGACAUAAUAUUGAACUAUGAUUUGGGUUCAAGUGCACCUUUAGAGAAUCCAAGUACAAGCGUAAAAGAUACACUAAACAAUUUAGAUAACAGAUGUAUGAACAUUGAAGGUCAUGCCAGAAACUUUGAAGCAUACGAACUACCAGCAAUGUUAGAUAAGAAAGCUGACAAAACUUAUGUAGAUGAAAAUUAUGCAAAGAAGUCGGAAGUAAAUGCUGCGCUUAAUGGAAAAGCCGACAAGAACCAUACACAUGAAGAAUUUCAAACAAUCAAGAUUAACGAAAUUAAAGCAUGCAUCGAAAUAGUAACAAAAACAGGAAGAAACGGUGCAACUGUACAAGAACAAAGAAUUUAUCCUCCUACUUUUCCUAAUGGUUUAAUAACAAACAAUAUAAAUAUUGUAGAUGGCAAAGGAUUUAUAAAUGUUAAACAUGAACUUCAAACAAUGAAGACUCAGAUUCUUGAAACCAUAUAUCCUAUAGGCUCUAUUUAUACAUCAAUGAAUUCAACAAAUCCAGCAAGUGUUUUAGGUUUUGGUACGUGGGAACAGAUUGUAGAUAAAUUCUUAUACUGUGCUAACUCUUCAAAGCAAACAGGAGGUUCGAAGAAAAUUAAAGAAGCAAACCUUCCACCGCACACUCAUACAGGAACGACAAACUUUUCUGGCGACCAUAGCCACUCAUUAAGAGACCACCCAUUAUACAACUCAGAGUAUGAAGCCGGUCAUGAUGUUUUAUCUCCAUCUUAUAACAAUGCAGCAAAAAAGAUUUUUCGACCAACUGAACCAGGAGGAAAUCAUUCACACACUUUCACAACAAAUCCAACAGGCUCGGGUGCAGAUUAUAUGCCACCAUUUGUGACUGUAUUCGCAUGGUAUAGAGUUCAAUGA